CCGCCGGCCAGUGCCGCGCGACGCGUCCGGCGCGACAUCGCUCCCUUCUCUUGCUGGCAAAUUAAACCGUUCCAAAUAAAUAAUAUUUCGACCUCUUUUGGCUUUCAAACUUAUUUAUAAUGCCUCUACCGUUUAAUAAAAGUUUAGAUUUGAAAUUAAUUAAGUUAGUGAAAGAAAAUAAUAUUCUAUACAAUUCGAAACAUGCUAAAUAUUUGGACUUUGAUUCGAGAGAAGUCGUCUGGCAGAAAAUCGGAGAUGCGCUCGGCAGACCUGCUUUGGUGUGCAAGUCUCGUUGGAUCAACAUGAGAGACAUGAUGCGUCGGAAAGUGAGAGACCGUCUCCGGAAUCCAAACCAACGCGUUUACAAUUACAAAUAUGAGGAGGAACUAUCCUUCAUGCUGCCGUACUUCAAAGAUUCUACAACAACAAGCGAAGAGUACACCAGCUUCUUAGAAACCAGUGCUGAAGAUUGUGAUAUAGAAAUGCCGGCCGAAGUAUUCGUUGAUGGUACGGAAUUCGAAAGUGACAGAGACAUGAAACCAAAUAUAACAACAAUGAAAAGAAAAGAACAGGAACAUCAUGAAAUAUACCAAGAUUUAAACCCAGCGGACCCUUUGGAUGUGUUUUUAAUAACUAUUGGUACUACGUUAAGGAAAUUUAGUCCGUAUUACUUGAAUCAGGCGAAGAGUAAAAUAUUCCAAGUGGUUCAGGAUUAUGAGCUGCAGCAGAUUGUAAAUAAAGAUGACCAGCCUACUGAUACUAAUAGAUAGAAUUGCCUUUGUAAUACAAUGGUGUCGAACUUUUAUUGCUGUUAUUAUGAUUAAGGUUGCCAGGUUGGGAAACCUAACAACCGGACAGACCAAUCGGUUUUACCAGACAUUUGGGUAGAAAGCCCGGACUCCCAAUCUACCUAUGUCUU